UAUGCUGAGCCCGGUUGAAGCCCUGACAUGCGGUGCGCCCUUGUAGCUCCCCAAAAACCAGAGUCAGCAUCUCUGCGUCCAUUACGCACAGCUGGAGGGACCGUCCACAGCACCGGCUGGCCCAGCUCCCGGCGGUGUAAGUUUGAUGCUGGGUCAGUCGCCUUCCAUGCCAACUGCAAAAGAUGAAACACACCAUGAAUAGGUGUGUGAAUCUAUUCUCUGUCAGUGGUGUUCGCUUGCCAAAUAAUGGUGCUGGAACUAUCAAAGAAUAGCAAUGCAUUUUACAUAAUUAACGUUUGGACUCAACACCACUAGGGCAAAAAACAUGCAUUCGCCUCAGAGGAGGAGACUCAGGCAGAGUCGCAUCGUCUUCUUCAUCUCAGGUUUGCUGUUAUGUAUCAUCUACACGCUGACUCAGAAGGCCAGGCUUUUGCAGCCACAGGCCUCCAUGCAGGCAGACAAAGCUCCAAGAGCAGGGGGUGAUGAUGGUGUUGUGAGCAUCCAUAUUCGGGAGGUGAUCACACCAAAUGAGACAGAGGAGGUGGACCUUAUUUUACCUGAGACCACCAACGCUCCUCCAGUAAUAAUUGUUAACAGCACAGACAUCGAGCAAUGCAUCUAUGUGGAUCCAGAGCCUCCCAAACCUCUUCCAACCCAGCCACCACCACCACCAACCACUACCACCACCACCACCACCACCUCUCACCCAGACAUCUCUAUCCAUAUCACACACAGAAAGGGUGAUUACCCACCGGAUAUUUUCUCAGUGCAGGACCGACGACAAGGCUGGGUGAUCCUGCACAUCAUAGGGAUGAUCUACAUGUUUGUUGCCUUGGCCAUUGUUUGUGACGAGUUCUUUGUUCCUGCCCUGGAGGUUAUCACCAACAAGCUGGAGAUUUCUGACGAUGUCGCAGGGGCAACCUUCAUGGCAGCUGGAGGCUCUGCUCCUGAGCUCUUCACCUCCCUCAUUGGUGUGUUUAUUGCCCAUAGCAAUGUGGGCAUCGGCACCAUUGUCGGCUCAGCAGUCUUCAACAUCCUGUUUGUGAUCGGCAUGUGUGCCAUCUUCUCCAAGGAGAUGCUGCACCUGACCUGGUGGCCGCUGUUCCGUGAUGUGUCAUUCUACAUCCUGGAUCUCAUCUUGCUCAUUACGUUCUUCCUGGACAACUUCAUAAUGUGGUGGGAGAGCAUCAUUCUAGUUCUGGCAUACCUCCUGUAUGUGAGCUUCAUGAAAUUCAACAUUACGAUUGAACAGGCUGUCAAGUCCCAGAUCAACAAGCACAUGAGUAUCGUCAAGGUUUGGACAGCGGAGGAGCCAGAGAAGGAAAGUGAACCUCCUCCUGCUCCUGCUCCUCCUGCACCUAAAAAUGAGGACAAAUCCAAAACAGAAUCUGAACCAACCAGGAACAGCCCUAAAUCAAGCAAAACGGCUGCAGAACCACAAGAGGACAAGGCAAGACUAAGGGUGCGUCCUGUCCUGCAACGAGGAGGCAGCACUGCCUCCCUCCACAACACCUCCCUAAGAAACACCAUCUUCCAGCUAAUGAUCCACACCCUGGACCCUCUGGGAGAAGAGCCAGCAGUUAGAGGGCCAGUAAAACCUCCAGGCCCAAGGACAGCAAGACAAGAGACAUCUUUUAAUGGUGAUGUCAGAAGUGAGGUGUCAGUGCAGAGGAGAGCCAAGAAUAAGGUUAAGCCACUGGAUCCUCCAGUGACAGAGAAAUUAGAGCGCAAGUCACAGCACCGUCCAGCUGAAGAGCCCAAGGCUGACCAGGCCAGCUCUGCUGCUGCAGCAGGGGGCGCUGCAGUUGAGCCGUCCACCUCCCAGCCUCCUAAGACCGAGGAAACAUCUGAAAAGACUGCUGAUCAACCAGAGGAAGAGGAGAAGGUGCCGGAAGGGACAGGGGGUACCGAUGGCUCAGGCGGCAACGGUGAGGAUGAGAGUGGCGAUGAGGAAUGUAGUGACUCCAGUGAGAGUGAUGAAGAUGACGAUGAUGAAAAAGAGGAGGAAAAGGAUGAUGAAGAGGAUGAGGAUGAGCCACUGUCUUUAGAUUGGCCAGACACCAGACGGAAGCAGGCAACCUAUCUCUUCUUGCUGCCCAUCGUGCUCCCCUUAUGGCUCACUGUGCCUGAUGUCCGUAGACCGGAAUCCAAGAGGUUCUUUGUCUUUACGUUUCUCGGCUCCAUCCUUUGGAUUGCAGUAUUUUCCUAUCUGAUGGUGUGGUGGGCCCACCAGGUGGGUGAGACAGUAGGCAUCUCAGAGGAAAUCAUGGGCCUGACCAUCCUUGCAGCGGGCACAUCCAUCCCUGACCUCAUCACAAGUGUGAUCGUGGCCCGGAAAGGCCUGGGUGAUAUGGCUGUGUCCAGCUCUGUAGGCAGCAACAUCUUUGACAUCACCGUAGGGCUGCCAGUCCCGUGGCUGAUGUUUACGAUGCUUCAUAAUGGCGAGCCAGUAACCGUCAGCUCCAACGGCCUGUUCUGCGCCAUUGUGCUGCUUUUCCUCAUGCUUCUCUUUGUGAUCUUUUCAAUUGCCAUGUGUCGCUGGAGGAUGAGCAAAAAGCUGGGCCUCACCAUGUUUGCGCUUUACUUUGUGUUCCUAGUCCUCAGUGUACUGCUGGAGGAUCGAAUCAUUACCUGCCCUGUCUCCAUCUGAGCAGGGGGUUGAGAGGCCCUGAGGCGGAGAAACAUGAUUUACAAUCAGUACAUAGAAAACAUUAGGUAGUAGAACCAAGCCCAAGGCUGACCUGUCACGAUAGGCAAGUACGUGAUGUUAAAGGAAAAAUCCUGCCUCUCAUACUUGUACAUUCCUGUAUAUCACAAAGUUGUGAUGUUCCCUGCAUUACAGGAGCUGUUUUUUGUGAUUAUCGGUGAGCCCACUUUCCCUCAGUCGGCCUUGGCUAUUUCUACUUCAGUUCUUCAGUUAGUCAUUUCCUAUAGUAUGUGCCUCUUCUACACUGUUUGACUGUUGAAUGUCGGUGCAAAGUGGCGGCUCCAGAGUGAAGCGCUUGCUCAUUGAUUCUGAUGGAAUGACACCAAAACCUUUUUGAUUUGUAACGCUGAUGUUUAGAUAGAUGAAAACCUCUUGCUAUCAAACUCCAUUAUAGCUGCUUGAAAUAUUUGGUCAUUGCGUUGCCUACAUUUGGCUAUUUGUCCACAAGAAUAAGAAAAAAUAUCAUCAAAUAACAGAAUUGACACAGUAAUGCAAGGUACAUCACCAAGAGCUGUCUUUAAACGGCGUGAAAGUGUGUCAAGGUGGAUUUUCCUUUAAUAUUGUGAGCAGAACGUGUCUGGAACGGGUGACUGUAACAGCGUGAAUAGGCCUACAUGAUGUCCAUUUCAGCAGUGACCCGUGCAGAAUUGCUGUACAGCACUCUGAAACUAUUGGAUGCAACUUGAGUUUUAUAUUGUAAGUAUUUUCCUGUAAGUAUUCCUAAGACCACUUUCCAUGUUCCAUCAAACUUGUGUUUGUCCAUGUUCUGUUGAAAAAAAAAAAAAGAAAAAAAAAAGAAAUGUGAUAAUGGGAGAGAAACAGUGAGUUACGGUAUGUGUGUAAGUUAAUGUGUAUCUAUAGGAUGUCUAGCUGUGAGAA